AUGGACUCCAUCAAACAACUUCCUCUGCUUAAGGUUGAAGUGAAGGAAUCGAUUAAGGAGGUUCCACUGCUGAAGGAUGAGUUCAAAAAACUUCAAUCUGAAGUUAAUGAAAUUAAAGAAAACUUGAAUAAAGCAAAGAGCACAUAUGCUGAGGUUACCAAAAUAAUAAAUGAAGCCGAAUUGAUAAGAACAAGUGUUAAUAAACUCGAAAAAAAGGUUGAGGAUUUUAAAUCCCAAGACAAAGAAAACUUGGUUCCAGCAAUUGAUGAAAUCAGUGAAAGAGCGAAACGGUCCUUGAAUAUAAUUGUAUUUGGGGUUCCUGAAAUAAAAAAUCUGAACAAGGAAGAACGGAAUAUAAAAGAGAAGGAGGGGGCCGUAUCAAUACUAAACUCACUAGAUGAAUCCGUACCCACUGAAAAUAUCAAAUUGUACAGAUUGGGAGGAUAUGAUUUAAAUAAGGUUAGACCUAUAAAGGUUAUGUUUGAAACAAAGGAAGAUGCUUUAAAAAUUUUAAAGAGCAAAAGCAAACUAGAUGAAUCGAAAGGAAUAUAUAUCAAGGGCGAUCUAACUCUCCUUCAACAGAAGUACUUGAAGGAAGUUGUAGCCGAACUAAAAGCCCGAAAGGAAAGCGGUGAGUCCAACCUUAAAAUUAAAUACCACAACUCUAUUCCAAAAAUUAUAAAGAUCAAGCAAGGUCCAAAAAACUAA